AAAUUUACCCUUCUUCUUUUACACUAAUGCAAGAAUCUAUCACAACAGAACCAAAUUUAAAGCAAGAGACUAUUGAAUUGAGAGCUCUCACACUAAGGAUUAGAAAAGAGGCUAAAUUACUACCUUUGUUUAAGGCAAAAAGACCCGCCUCUACUGAUGACGCACAAGACACUCCCACAAAAUUACUAAAGAUCAACCAUACCGAUGUCAAGGCACCUUUUAAUGACCGAGAAGCACUCAUGACGCGACUAAAGUCGUAUUCAACUUUAUAUCAUUGUGCUUCUCGUCCUAUAUCAGCUCUUGAUUGUGCCAAACAUGGUUGGCGAGAUACACAAACAGUAGAUGGCGAUCCAACUACAUCAGUUCUAGAGUGCAUUGACUGUAAAAGGAAAAUGUACGUUAUUGAGAUAGAAGAUCGAUACAAGAACAAGCCUGAAGCUAUUGCAGUCAUUGACAAAUAUAAGAAAGGUCUAUUUGAGUGCCAUCAAGAAGACUGUCAGUGGAGACAUAGCCAUUGCGAAGACUCUGUUUAUAGCUUUCCAUCAACAACUAUUUCAGAAGGAAUAGAAAAAUUCAAAAAUGAAGCAAGAAUGCUAUUAUCAACCUGUACAGCUAAACAAGAAACAUUGCCAGCAUUAAAACAUUCAUUGGAUAAAGCAGCUUUGAACAAGAUUAAAUAUCUGGUACAGCAUUUUGAAAGCAAUCAAGAUAAUGUGACCAUUAAUCCUUAUAUACUAUCUGCAGUUGGAUGGUCAACAUUGCAUCCAGAGAUUCCAGGCGUAAAAUGCGAUUUAUGCUUCAGUCAAAAAGGAUUCUAUCAAGUGCAUGAAUUCGAUGUCUUGCAAGAACACAAAGCAUACUGUCCAUGGAGAACAAGUGGAUUGGACUGGAUGAUGGAAAUUAUCUGUAUAGAGUACAAUUUAUUGGUCAAAAGGCAAGAUCUGUCUCUUUCUUCUAAUCAUGAACAGGAUGAGAAGCUAUAUAAAAUCAAACAAAAGAUAUAUGAAUCUCAGAAUGUAUUGAAAACAUGGAAAUCUAAAAUUGAAGCCAUUUCCAGAGUCAGUGAACUAUGAUAAUAAACAUAUUUUCCUUAGAAAUGGGUCCUGAACAACUUAUUCUUUUUAGUUACAUACCAAUUUGUGAUCUACCGAAGGUGUAACUAACAUUAUUUAAUUAACUUUUUA